AUGGCUGGUCUUCCACCGCUUCCCCUGCCCGAGGGCAUCAACCAGCGCUAUGUCGACCUAACCGACGUCGCGACCUGCGGCCUCAAGAUCUUCAUCCUCGAAGCUGGAGACCCCACUCACCCUCUUAUUCUUCUUUUCCACGGCUAUCCAGAAUUGGCAUUUACGUGGCGGAAGAUCAUUCUCCCUCUCGCCUCCAAGGGAUAUCACGUUGUCGCCCCAGACUCCCGCGGGUAUGGGCGAACCACAGGGUGGGACACGAGCAGCUACGCGCACACCAACCUGGCGCAAUUCACUCAAACCCAGCUGCUACUGGAUAACAUCGCCCUCAUGAGGGGAGUGGGCCACGAGACAGCUGCUUGUGUGAUUGGCCAUGAUUUUGGUGCAAACGCAGCAAGUGCAUGCGCGCUCAUGCGGCCGGACUUGUUCAACGCGGCCGUGUUCAUGGGCCACGUCCCAACAGGACCACAAGCCCUGCCUCCCUUGAAUCAGAUUCCGAAGUCUGGGGGUCAGAAAGAAAAUCCGACCAAAAAAUCGUAUCCUAGCGAUCCAGACGUGCACACAAGCCUUGCUCAGCGAGACCCCCCAGUGAAACAUUAUCAGUGGUAUAGCAGCACCCCUUCCGCCGCGCGGGAGUGGGAAAACCCGCCACAGGGGCUCCGGGGAUUUCUUCGCGGUUAUGUGCACCUUAAAAGCCACGUUUGGAAAGGAAACGAGGACAUAGGUCGACUUACUGGGUGGACAGCGGAGCAGCUAACGCGCAUGCCGCCGUACUACAUCAUGCCACUCAACUCAACAAUGCCAAGCAUGGUUGAGGAGAACAUGCGUUCAGAAGAGGAAGACUUGACCAAGACUUUUAUGAGCGAUGAAGACCUGAAUGUCUACGUCUCAGAGUUCCAGCGGACGGGGUUCCAGGGGAUGCUGAACUGGUAUCGCAGCGCGACGACCCCACAGAGCCUGGACACAGUCAUGGCCCUCUUUGCGGGGCGCAAGUUCGAGGUCCCCACGACUUACAUCAGCGGUGCUUCGGAUUGGGGAAACUAUCAGCGGCCUGGGGCGCUUGAGGGCCUUGAAACGGGAAAGACGGCGAGCGACUAUCGGGGUACGAGGAUUUUCGACGGUGCCGGCCAUUGGCCCCAGACUGAAAUCCCAGAUAUUGUUUGCGAAGAGGUUGUGAAGUUUCUGGCAGAAAUCGAGAAAUGA